AUUUUCAGUUCUUUGUUUGUUUCGAUGGUCACAAGAGUGAAGUUACCGAUCAAUUUUUUUUCUUUUUUUCUAGUGCAUUGUUAGUAAAGAUGGCUACCGUAUUUGGAACGUCUUUUGCUAUUUUCAUCUGGAAAUAACAAACUCCUGGGAAGAUGAAAUCGUGGCAGGUAGCGCUGACGUUGGCGGUGGUAGCGGUCGCUGUUGUUCCAGCAAUUUCUUUCCAGCCCAGAAGAAUUUUGUAUGGAAGAUGCUCCAGCGAGGAGAAGAUGCCUAGAGCUGUGUUCAUGUCCUGCGCCAACAGAAGAGGCACUUGUGAAGUGCGAAUCGGCCACAGACACAACUUGAGGGCCAUCUUCAUCCCUGACUUCAACUCAACAGACGUAGACUCCCACGUCAGAUGGAACUCGUGGUUCGAGGUCCCCCUUCCAGGACAGGACAGGGACGCCUGCGGGACCAGCAUCGAGUGCCCCGUCACGGCUCAUGUUCCCACCAGAUUCACUUAUACGCUCGAUAUUCAAGAUUUUUGGCCAAAGAAUGAUUAUCCUGUCAUCUGGAGCUUAACCGAUCGGGAAACAGACGAGACCUUAGUCUGCUUCAAGUUCAAGAUCGCCAUCGUCUAAUUUGUACAGUAAUAUUAUUCGGAUGUACACUCAUCCGCAUAAGUUCGCCCGCUCGGAAGUGUUGUUCAUUCGACACGAAAGAAUUCUUUGCAAGACAAGACAAAGACGCUUUGGCAAUCAUCCGGUUCUUAAACGUUUCGAUCCACACCACAACCUGAUCGUUUCCGAAAAUCAAAUUCGUCUCUAGUUCAAAAUCGUUUCGGGUUUCUCUUAUCAAAAUAAAUAAAUAAAUAAAUAAAAAUAAAAACUUCCAAAGCGGGAGAACUUCUAAAUCUUGAGUGUAUAUUCUGUAAGGGUUAAGUAUUUAAAUGCAAAGACAGCCAGUAUGGUUUUAUUUUUUAAUUUUUUUAUCACUCUUAACAAGCUCAUUUGAAACUCGGCAUCUGUGUUACUUUGAACGUAUCAAUGUCCGACUGUAUGGGCACCCGAUUCAUAUAGUCUUUAUUGCUUCUGUGAUGUUUGCUCAUUGAAACUGCUACUAUUCUGUCAGAGCUCUCUGGGCGACGAAGACUCCAGGAUGGAGGCCUUUGCCUGAAUCAGAUAGAUGUAUAGUACAAAGAACCAGAGGCUGAAAUAUGUGUAAAAAAUGUGAGCAGGAGGAUAAUAACUUUAGACUCAGUAUUUCUCAGGCUUUUCUCAAUGAGUUGAGUGCUUUCUACAAUGCUCUGAAGCAGCGAUCUAUCCAGAACUCAGCGUUAAUAUCAUAGUUAGGCAGAAGAAUUUUGUUCUUUUCUCUACUGAGAACUAUUCCGGUCUAUCUCCCCGGGUUUUUUUUUUUUUUUUUCGUGAGUUCUAAUCAAAACGAGAAAAACUCUCCUGCUCCCGUCACCGUUCGUUUUUUAACUUUUUUUUUUUUUAAGUCUGUGCUCUGAGUGCAGUCGUUCUGAAGGCUGGUCGCGGCAUUUAAGAGACCAUUACUUGGCGAUAUAUAAUAUAUCGCCGUAUAUAAAGAUGCACUUUUGUACGCUUGCGCGCGCACACACACGAGACACGUGUACAUAAAUAUAUAUCUGUAUGUAAACACACAUAAUAUGCAUACGUACAUGCAUCAAGUCAUACAAAGCAUUUUUUUCUCACGUAACUACGAUAACCAAGACAGUUACAUGUUCUAAAGAGGCUAGUUUCUAGUAAUGAAAGAAAAUAAUAUAUAUAAUUUCCAAUCUGUUUGUAGAUGUAGUGAACAGUGUCAUGUGAGUAAAAGAUAAUGACGUAUCCUUUUCCAUUGUUUUGAUUAUUUUGUGUACUGAUAGCGAAUAAGUAGGCAAUGGAUAGAUGCAAUUGAGUGCUCCGAUGUGGUUCACUUGGGUCAUAUAGCAAUGUUAUAAACCUGUUCUAGGUUGUAGGCGGAUUUGCCGAUUUUUAAAGAUCUGCUGUACUGGAGAAUAUGACUUUCGCAAGCGCACGUCCACAUAGAGAACCACUUCAUUUAUCCCUUUGAUCUUUCAUUUCCAAGUUCUCGACGAAUCCCAAAUCAUUUCUCCCGCGGAGAGCUGUGUAGCGCAAACUAGGCCGGACGGAGUAUUCGACAGCUUUGUAAAAUGCAGAGGUUUGAAGUGAAAAGACAGAUGUUACGCUUUGCCAAAGAUAUCUUUGGUUUUGCUUCGCUCUUCAAAAUCAUCGGCCCCCAUUCAUCCCCCAACCUCACCCCCACCUCACCUCACCUCACCCCUCCUUAACUACUCAGCCCAAUCCCCCUCUCGAAAAAUUGAACUAUUUUUAAAGAAUAACUCCAGCUUCAUUUCUUGUAGAUUGUAGCACAGAACAAACUUGAGACCUUGCUAACAUCUCCAUUCGACAGUAACUGUAGUUUAUCCCCUGUUGAGAAACAGGUGCGUCGCUUCAGACAAGAACUACGAGUCACAAGGUCUUCAUAAAUUUUGGGAAAACGCGCUACAGAAUUCUCAAUAGUAAAAGGUAAAAGAUGCAAUAUUUUGAUUAAAAUGGCUACCGAAAGGGGGAAGAGGUUUCAUUUAUGUCAAACGUCUUCAGGUAAACCAUUGCAUUUCGUGUUUCUGCUUGAGACUGAUCACUUUUAUUAGAUUAUACAUUGCAUGCAGCCUUUUGCAUGCAAAGGCUGCAUGCUGUAUUCCAGGAAACGCGCGGGGUUAUUUUUACCGCAUUGCAUACAUUCCUGGAAUGAACAAAUGAAGGUUUUCUUGUUGUCUGGCAUUAUUCCCAAAUAGGAAAUAUCAUUUCGCGUUUCUAAGGGAGUAUUUUCCAUUCCUGAUUAGAAAAGUGCAUAGAUGUAGGAAAAGGAAAAGUUGUCGGACAGAAUUAUAAUUGGAAAAAAAAUUGAUACCAUACACAAUAUUUAUGGAAAUAAUAAAAUAGAUUAAUGGAGGGAAACCAAAGGUGAGAAUUUAAAUUCCGCCCCCAUUCCCCCCCCCCGUCUUUUGAGUCAACGAGAACGAAGAAGGGCAUUUAUUUUUUCUAAUAGUUUUCUUUUACUUCUAUCUUAUUUUUCUCUUAUUUCCCUUCCCUGCUCAUUUUGUGAUGGUGGUAGGGGACGGUGAGACGAAGAGAAACUAAAGGACAAAGAACACAUGGGUAACCCUAAAUUAUAAAUCCUCUGCAAUGACCCAAUGAAAACUGUUGAAACUGUGAAAAAAAAAAAUAGACAUUGAUCUUCUUUGAUUUUGGAGCUGUUGUUGGUGUUUAACAUCAACAUUUUUCUUUUUAUAUAUUUGUAAGAAAAUAAAGGCCUUAAAACAUUUCAAUAAAAUAAGUUUUCAAGA